GGGGGGCCGGAGCUAUGAAAGGGGCCGUGCUCGCACCCACCCCAGAGCCGCUUCCCCGCCGCCCCGCUCUGUACCGGCGGCCGCUGCCCUCACCAUGAACAGGAGCUUCUCAAAGAAGAGUCACCCAUUCCUGCCUAAAAUAUUUAGAAAAAUGUCUACUCAAUCAGCAAAAGAAAGACCCGAAAGCUUGCACUUCCCUUUUCUUGAUGAUGAAGAUACCAUCUCCACACUCAAAGAAUCCAAAACCUUUUUUAUUUUAAGAGGCCUGCCUGGCAGUGGGAAGUCCACUCUGGCCCAGGCUAUUCACGAUAGGUAUAAAGAUGCCUGCAAGGUCAUCUCUGUUGAUAACUAUAAAAUUACACCUUCGAUAAGAAGCACCAUUCCUGAAGAGUAUUCAAAGGUGGAUGAGGAUCUAGUUGACUAUUGCAAACGAGAUAUCAGCGUUAUUGUUUUGGAUGACACUCACCACGAGAGGGAACGACUGGACCAGCUCUUUGAUAUUGCUGACAAAUACCGGUACAAAAUCAUCUUUGCUGAGCCCAAAACCCAGUGGAGAAUGGAUUGCUUGCAGCUGAAGGAAAAGAAUCAGUGGAAACUGUCAGUGGAUGAGCUGAAGAAGAUGAAGCCAAGCUUGGAGAAGGAAUUCCUACCCAUGUAUUUUGGGUGGUUUUUGAGCAAAAGAAGUUCAGAGAUCCUGAGAAAGGCUGGUCAGGCCUUCUUAGAUGAGCUUGGAAGUCUCAAAGCCUUCAAAAAGGAGAGUAAAUACUUUGCCUCUGCUAUUGAUGAUCCCAAAAUGAAAACGGAUCUCACCAGCUACUUCGUGAAGAGGCCACCUGGGGUCUUACACUGCACCACAAAAUACACUGAGUUUGGAAAAGCAGCUGGAGCUGAGGAAUAUGCACAGCAAGAAGUUGUGAAGGCUUCGUACGGCAAAGGCUUCACCUUGUCCAUUUCUGCUCUGUUCAUCACAACAAAAACUGUGGGUGCUCGGGUAGAUCUGAGUGAACAGCAGCUGCAGCUGUGGCCUGGGGAUGCUGACAAGAUCCUGCCCACUGACAACCUCCCACGGGGCAGCCGGGCUCACAUCACCCUGGGCUGUGCCAAUGGUGUUGAAGCCGUCCAGACCGGGCUCGACCUGCUGGAGUUUGUGAAACUGGAAAAGGCAGGAAACAAAGGGGAUCAAGUGGGGGAAAUUGGAGGAGGGAAACUGCUGUAUUUUGAUAAUGGGAUGUGGAUGCUCACCCUUUCCAAAAAGAUUGAUGUGAGAGCAAUAUUCUCAGGUUACUAUGGGAAAGGAAAACUGGUGCCAACGCAGAGCACCAACAAACGGGGCUCUGCUUUUAGUUCCUGCACCAUCAUCUAGGAGCAUGGGCAGGGUAGUGUGUUUGUUUUUAAAAGGCAAGUAACUCCUGUAACCUUUAAAGUGUAAAGAGAAAUAAUUCUACCUGUACUAAAGUAAGCCCUUUAGCUAGCCCUGGUGAGCAGCCUCUCCAGGGAGAGUUUUUUGGCCUCAGAACAAGGAAGAAAACAAGCAGCUCCUGCCUGCCAUGCAACUGACAGCAGUAACCAGAGAGCUGCUGUGCGUAUUUUGAGCCUUGAUGUGAACCAGCCAUGGUGUUCUGCUUGUUUUCUUCCUCAGGAAGAUCAACAAUGUUUUUAUAACUCCCCUCUGAACCACAAUCGUUAGGUCUUUACAUGUCAGCACCAUAAGCAGUGGCAGACCAAGAACUGGAGCCAAGUGAGGUGAGCUGCACCCUGUCUCUCCCCUUCUCCCACACCAAGGGACAGACAUCACUCAGCUGUCACAGCCUUGAAGGGAAACCAGUGAAUCCCAGGAGAGGCAUUGAGUUCCUGCAGCCUGGCUCCAGUCAUGUCACUUUACAUGUCACUGUCCAGUGUCCUUGUCCUGUUGGGAACAAUCCUGCCUUGGCAGGGAGUGGAAGAGAUGAACUAAUGUCUUUUCCAUCUUAUUUCAUAGAAACUAAAAUCAUGUCUGAAGUAUAGAACUGUACUUCAUGCAAGAUUUUACUAGUUUUCUCUAAUGCACUUGAAUGUUAAGUUAGGAUGGCCAUAACACUGUAAUGUAGGAAGUAAGUGGAGGUACAGUAACUGUGUAACUUAAGUCUGCUCAAACCUAAACCAUUGGCUGGGAAAAGUUAAUGAUCAAGCACUUCUGUAAUUAAGUCUGUUUUACUGAAACGUGGUCUUGCUCUUAGCCAGCCCGUCGGGCAGUGGCUCUGUGGUCACUACUUCACUGUAACCCAAAGCUCAACUAAUGGAUUCAGGUCAGGACAAGUUUAAACUCAUGCUAUGGCUCAGUGUUUGGUGAACUGCAUAGUGAAAUUAAUCCUGUAUUAAUAUCUGUAAAUACUUACUGUGUUUGACAAGUGUGUGCUGGGCUCCUACCUGGGAAGGAGCCGUGGUGUGGGUGCAGCUCCCCUGUAGCUGGGUGCCCACUGGAACAUUUCUUCCCAACAUUUAAACAAAAGCCAGGAGGGCUUUGGGGUAAUCUGGGAAACACUCUUGAGUCUACCAGUACUGCAAAAUAGUUCCUGCUGUUUCAAAGAGAUGGAUGACAGUAAAUUCUCAUUAUAAAGUUAAAAAAAAAAAAUCAUACACAUCCCCUGUAGCACCUGUAACCCUCCCUUACCUUCAGCAGAGAAAACCUUGAUAACUUCUGUGCUGGCAGAGGGCCAGGUGCCCAGCUUGGGCCUUUCCCAACAGAAAUCUCAUGGGUUUGUUCCAUCACAACCUCAAAGAUGCCUUGGCCAGUGCCUGCCCAGGCCAGCCCCCAGCCCUACCAGCACCCUGGGGACACCCUGGCUCCAGCUCCCAUCCAGCACUGAAAUGCACCCCUGGAAUAUUCUAUCUGCCUGCUCAAGAACAACAGUGAGACUGUCGUCAUUUCAAUUUUUAUUAGUUUGUACAUCAUAUACAGUUUAUAAUAAAGUAAACCAAUUGCAUAUGGUUUUGCUUUAUCAGUCUGUGAUAUUCUUCAUAUAAACACAUCAUUAUGAAUUAUGCCUAAUGAAGUAAACAACAAAUAUUCACAUUUUUACCAUUCACAUCCUAGAAAGGUGAGGGUCCAAAGAGGAACAGUGUUGGUGCCGAUGUGACGCCCACCUUGGAGAGGAUGAAGUGUUUGGCAAAGCAGUGGGGACAGUGAUUGCUCCAUGCAAGGUGCCUUUCCUCCCAGGGGAAAGGUUAAGAUAUUUACACUGAGGUAAACAUUCCGAGUUUCAAAAUUCAGAUAAAUACUGCAGCAGAGGGUCCAGUGUCCUCUCCAAGUUGGCUUCACAUCGGCAUCUCGUUUCGUCUCGACUACUCCUGGGGUGGUUACAACAAAGCAGAUUGCAUGCAACGAGGGGGCUUGGUUUGACACUUGGCACUCAACCCCUCCACCAUCUCUUCACGCCGUUUUCUGAAGCAUGAGCUCCUGACUGGGGGGCUGGGAGGGGGGGAAUUCAGGGUCCUGGUGGGCCAGAAUCACAGCCCUGCUGGAGGCAGCAUCCCAGCUCUUCCCGCAACUCCUGCCCCCCACAGCAGCCCCAGUGGUGCCUCAGCUCAGUAACUCCAUCCUGCAGCUGAUGCCUCAGCUCAGCCCACUGCUGACAUUCACAUCAGAACUCUCCUGCAGAGGCCAGAUCUGUGCUAGAGGGAAAACCUGCCCAGCACCGAGGGACAACCCUGUCUCUAAGCCAGGCACUACACCUUGUCUGUCAAACCCAAGUGCAGGUCCCUGGGGAGCAGGGACAACAGGGACAUUGCCAGAACACAGUGUGGGAGCAGCCUCCCACCCCACAGACCCACUGCUUCCACCCACGAGGGACCUGAGCCCCAGAGCACGAGGUGUCCAUCCCCCCGGGGAAUGGGGUGGGGAGGGUACAAGGCACAAAUCUAAAUGGGGUGAAAAGCAUCCACUUGAAGAUAAGUGAAUAUCUUCAGUUAUUACUGAAACUGAGGAAGGAAUUUGGAAAGAAGAGCAAACCACUGUGUGGUCCAAACACUUUGGUCAUUCAGUGGGUUAAAGAGUGACCGGGAGGGGGGUGCAGGCUCAGAGCCCACACGUGGCCACAGGAGCUGGGAGAGCUUCCAUGUGGGAAAGGGAACAACAGCCCUGCAGCCUUCACUGAAUCCCUGUCAGAUAACAGAAAACUGAGGGACUGGCAAUAUUCCAUGGAUAAUAAUACUGUUGUCCCUAAACACUCGAUUUUACUUUCUCCUUUUUCCCCCUCUCCCCAGUUUGCAUUCUGGAAUUUACAAAACAGUCAGAAGCCUUUAGCACUAAGGAUCCAGCCUUACAGCAACACUUCCAGUUUAGAAAUGCAACUCUCUACCUUCCUAUGUAGCAGAAACAAGGAAGAGCCAGACAGAAUGGGCAGCCAGAAGCAUCUGAGUGGGCUUUACAGCUGACUGCAAGUCCAGGUUCAGUGGAUCUGAAAGGAUUCGUUCAAUACCCUCCCCUAAAAGGUGGAGUUGACACAGCAUCAGACUUGUAAAGUAAAUGCACACAAGAAAAAUCACACCAGGCUUUGAGGUCUGAAGGUCAGACCAGUGCACACACCAACAACCCCCUGCUUCUCGGGGGGCACUGACAGCAACCACCUCCUGCCCCUUCAGCAUCACCCUAGAAAAAGCAGCAGCCUCACACCACUCCAAGCUACUUAUCCACUGUCUUUCUGUCAAAUCCCUGUGUCUGGUAGCUCCCACAGAGCCAAUGGAAGCCCAAGGGGGGGUGGGGGGGACCUGCAGAGCUGAAGCAGCUGCAAAAAUGGCACCAAGAUUCCCUGGGGUUGCUCCCAACAUCCAACCCAUGAUGUUCCAGAACUACCAUGGGUGAAAGGCAAUGGACUGAGCAGCACACACUGAGCAGAUGGUUCUGAAGGAAGCAGAGUCCUGUGUCUCCAAGCUGGGCUAGGACAUGAGGAGGUCACAAUGCCACCACAUCUCCAGCCCUGGAGGUAAUGGGAGCCACCAAACGCUGCUUGGACCCCAGCACUCCCUGCAAGAAGGGAACAUGUGUUCACCUGCACCCUGAAGCACACCACAAUGCUCCUCAGAAAAGUCAUGGCACUCACCAUAUUAAUAUUUAACUACAUUAAUUCAUGCAUUCAUGUAAAGUUUUAUAAAUAUCCGCUGCAUACAUUUUCUGUCUCAGAAGAAAAGCCACUCCCCUUCUGUCCUCCAUGGAAUGGUCUCAUUCCAAGGUUGGAGAGCAAGAAGCCUGUCACACUUCACUGGCAGGAAGGGGAAGUAAUAAUAAAAACCACUGACAAAUGCAGAACACAUCUCUGCAUGGUGAUAGAAAGACUCAGAGAAGUCCUCAACUGUACAGUACUAUCAAUACACACGGGACAAGACAUGAUGAAUCCAGAAUGACACACUAAAACAGUUCUGUAAACUGAUUUACAAGUGCCACAAGAACUGGAGAAGUAUCAAGAUGCAUAGACCAGUAUUUCAGUUCCCCAAGUAUUUACCAUUUCAGAGUCUGAAAGACACCAGGCCCUUAUCUGCUCUCAGUGCAAUCCGGGCAAGUCCAUCACGUUACACUGGAAUAAAUAUUGUAGAGUCUAUUUUUGGAAAGAUUAAUUAACCUUUUAAAAGCUGACUUUUGAAUGAAUUAUAAAAUACUUUCUGUAUUCUGCAGUACUAAAAUUUAAGCCCUUAUAUCUUCCCUCUAUGAAAGCAGAUUGUCAAGAAUUCUGACAACACACAACCACAGGACUGUCGUGCAGCACCACGAGACUAUUGCAACUGCUGGAACUGAAGUUAACUUGGAGCCUGGGAGUGCUGUCCCAUGGGACAGGACAACUGCAGCCCUCAAGAGGAAGGAAGACAAAGAUGUUAGCGUUCAAAGCAAUCCUUUCAUGCAAUGAAUUCAUUGCAAUUUAUUGUUCCUGCAGCAAGAAGUUAAAUCAUACUAUAUAAAAGUUAGUGUCAGGUUUCUCUGGGAAAGCCUUGAGUGUGUUUGUACCAACACCCUUUUUCCCACCCAAGAAAAUCCAGCCCCUCAAAGCUCACUACACUACCACAGGCCAGGUCAAAACCCUCUGAACCCAGCAAUGCUGCCAGGACUCUGCCUUUCUCAGUGGUGUUGAUGAGUGCCACCACAUUUCCUCCCAAACCCAACUGCUCAGCAGGGCUGUGCGAGGCUCUCAGCCUGCGCCACACACUGGGCUCCAGCCCUGCUACCAGGCAGAAUUCAACUUCAGCAAAGCACCAAGUCAAAAAAA